AGUUCAGCCGAAAUCUUUGCAUGGAAAUGAGACUUUGUCGUUGUUGUUGCUGAACGGCAGAAACCGGAAAUCGAAAGGCGAACUAAAAAAGUCAUGUGCCAACGAUGAGGCAAUUCGAUGUUAAAUAUAGUUAUUUCAUGUCGAUUCCGAGCAAUCGCAACUGGAUCUGUCUUUGAAAUAGAAAAGCCACUUUACAGCAUCAAGCAAGACUUUUUGGUGAAUUAGCUUUUUGCCUCGAAAGAUGGGAAAUUUAGGGACGCACGAAAAUUUUCCGGUCAGGCCAUGGGAACUGGUUUGUUACUUAUUUAUUGGGCUGGUUGGUACCUUUGGUAACAUUCUGGUCAUUUUCGUUUUGAAGAGAAACAAAACAAUGGGCGCCACUGCAUUUGGAGUUUAUAUAGGAGCAUUGGCUAUGGCAGAUCUACUGGUCUGUUUACUCUGUGUGCCAAUUUACUUGACGUCAACAUCGCUUUAUAAAGAUCAUCCAACAGGGAAUCUCGGUGAUGCUAUGUGUAAAAUUUUCACAGGAUACAAUAUAUUGUUCUUUUUUGCUACAGUAUCGGUUUACACACUUGUUGUGCUGACACACGAGAGAUACAUGGCAAUCUGCAAACCAUUCAAAUCAAGAUUAAAGUCCACUAAAAAGAGGGCAAUUGUGUUUGUCAUUAUGAUUUGGGUCUUCUCUGUACUGUUAGGCUCGUUAUCUAUUGUUGGUGAAAAAUAUGCAGCCCCUACAAAUGCAAGUGUUGGUGCACACUGCACAUUUUCAAAUGCAUACAACAAUGAUAUAACACCAAAAGUUGUUUAUGUUACAGUAUUCAGCAUCCAGUUUGUAUUACCAAUUAUCUAUAUGACUGUUUGCUUUAUAAGGAUCAAGCACUGUUUAGAUGCAAAAAGGCUACAUGCUUUAAGUUGCCCUACUGAGCAUGUACAGCAAGGUGAAUUGCACCUAAUCAAGAUUAGACAGCAAAGUAUAAACACAGUUAUGAUUGUCAUCAUAUCCUACUUCUCAUGCUGGGCAAUGAACCAAGUACUGUACUUUUGCCUUAACUUUGGCUUCAUUUCUGGGAUUGAAUGGAAUAGCCACUUGAUCCAAGCUAGUGUCAUACUUUGCUUUUUCUCCUCCUGUAUCAAUCCAUUUAUUUAUACCAUUCGCAGCCAUCAUUUUCGAAGUGGCUUUUCCCAAAUACUUUGUGUAAGUGACCGUAGAUACAUUGAACUGCAGUAAAUGAAAUAUUUUGUUGAAUGAAACUCACAUAGCAUGAUGCCCUCUAGUGUUUUGUAGUUUUAACUGUUCAGUCAGGGCACAGUAGCAACAAGGACAGGGCUGGUAGGUGCAGGGUAGGAUGUUAUAGUAUAUAAUUUGUUAAUACAUUUCCUAUUUGAAUUUACAACUCAGAAGAGCUCUCAAAACAGUGCACAGUUGAACCCUUAUUAGGGACGGUAUAUGUUUGAAGUUUAGUAGUUUUACACCUGUAUCCUUCAUGGGUCUCAAGUGCAGACAGGUUUUCAUAUACCUUCCAACUUCCCAGAUUUGCAUGGAGUCCUAGCUCAAUCUACUGUACAUCUAAUAAACCAUUAGAAUCUCACUCAAAAUGUUAGAAAACUUUAAACUCCUUUGCUCUAGCAUAUUCACCAUUUAGUACUCUCAGGGGGUAGCGCCAGCCACUAGGGUCAGAGGGGAUUUUAAUGACAAAGAAAUUUUAAUGACAAAGGCAGUCAAUUCAACUGUCAACUUGAGUACUGUGACAUCAUCAAAAAUCUUCUUUUAGAAUUUCUUAAGUUUGACCACAUUAUCUGAAGGAACAGUGUCAAAUACCUCUUAAUAUGUAAUAUCAGGUAGAUAUAUUCAAAAUUAGGCGAGAUAUGGCCAAUGAAGGGUUUCAAGUUUGGGAAUGGAUUACUGUCAUUCUUGCCUGGUUCAUUAAGAUAUGAACCAAGACCAAAUUACAGAGGUUUGAUGGGGCAAGAGCCUGUGCUCGAGUGGCCAUAUCUCAGCCAAUUGGUAAUGCCUUUAACUAAUGCAUAUUUAUAGUUAUUUCAUGAUGCUCUUUCAGGUUAUGGGAUCAAAAUCCAGAAAUUCUAAAAAUAAAAUUUUAUGACGUCAUCACUUCUGUACUAUUAAGUUAUGUUUAAGCAAAGAGGCAGUAUUUGAGCAUUAUCACUUUAUUGAUAAUUGGAAUUUUGUAGUAAAAACAAUUUUAUCAUAUUUCAUGUACCAAAAUCUUUCAAGUUGACAAAAACAAAAAAAACUGUGGCUUGGGAGACCCUCUAAGAUGUGACCUAGCCCUAUCCAUUUAGAAGAAUUAAGUGCCAAGAGUUUCUCCCUAUCACCAUCGCUAAAUAUUUUGCAGUACCGUAAAUAAUGUCAUUUUUAUGUCGACCUUUGAGGAAAAUAUUAAACUUUAUAAUAGGCCCCCCUCGAAUAAGCCCCCCUCUAAUAAGCCCCCACCCAACAAUUCAUUUUUGCAAAUAAGUCCCCAGGGAGCUUAUUUCGAGGAUUUACAGUAUUUUAAUUUGUUGUUUUUAAUGUUAUGUAAUCAAAAUAUUAACAUUGCUUUUCCACCCAUAGUUUCUACAAAUGCAUGUAUGUCUUAUGUGAUCUGCAGAUGCCACAUGUUCACCCAUCCAGCUUGGUUACAUUUAGGCUCCAAAACAUCUAAUUUAUGUUUGUAUAAUCCAAAUUUUGUCAUUUUUUAGAUUUUGUAGUUUCACUAUUGUUUUCUCAAAUGCAGUAAAUUUCAACAUUUUUUCUUGCAAAACAUUAUUUAUUUUAUAAUACUUUGAUUUACAUGUUCUCUAUAUGUAAUUCUUGCUAUUGCUACUGAACGUCAUUUUAUCAAUAGUUGUUUGCUGAUAUUUUUUGGAGUGAAAGUUUCUUUUUUACAGCCUGUCUACUUUAUAUGAACUAACCUGUGUAGAUAUUAUGUCAUCUCUGCAAUUCAAUUUAAAUUUGUGCAACUGUUCAAAUGUAUAGACAGCCCCUAGAAUUCCCCUGCAUUUAAGAUCUAAGUGAUCUCAACCAAACAUCAGCCCUGGAGCUGCUAGCAAAAAAUGUUAGCAGAUAUGAAUCAUGGAACUGAUGGCAUUCUUAUUCAACCACACGAACUUUUAAAGAAUUGAUAGCCAGGGGUUUUACGCUUUGUCAGGAAAAAAGCUUAAGCUUAACUGUAAAUCCCUCUUACUUUAUAUAUUCUUUUCAUGUUUUGCAUUGGCCUCCCUCAAAACUACUGCAUUGUUGAAAACUUUGCAACCGCUCAGAGUCUUAGAAUCGUUAUGUUUAUUUGACUCUUAUAUUCAUCAAAAUCCAGGGCAAGGUGGCCAAUUGAAUUAUGUUAUAGAUUAUCUUAAAACUGCAAUUGCAUUCUUCAGUGAACAGUUAUAUCAACUGAACAACUUGUAUCUGGUCUUUAAUAAAUUUAUCGCUUUAAUAAGCGUAGCAGACGAUACCUGAUUUGACAAAUCAGAACGUCAAUCAAAGAAGCCAGUCUAUGCUAAAGAAAAUUAUUGAGCAGCUAUUGGUCUAUGUCUUUGGUGAAAAAAGUUUUCAGAAAAGGAAGUAGCUAUUCAACAUUCUGAUCCUUCUGGUUUAUUGUUCAAAGAGAUUUCCUUGUGAAUCAUAGUACAAUUAUUCUAGAGAUCGUCGGAUAGAAUGAAGAUAAAAUUUAAAGUAUAAUGAACAGAUGAAAUGACACAAAACACAGGCCUAGUGAACUACAAUGCUGAUAUUACCUGUCAUUUCUAGCAGUAUGAUUUUUUCGAGUACCACUUUCGAUAUACACAUUUUAGGCACUAAGUCUAAUAGUCUAAUAUUAUAAAGAAGUAGCAGGCUUGCAAAGAAGUAUUCAGGGGUGGCUUGGGGUGGUAUCAAAGGUAUUAGUCGAAUACAAUAUUAUUUUCAAAAAACGAAAAUAUCAACUGAUGACACCAGAGGCCUCGGGACUACGGAUGAUGGAGCAACUGCCCCUCAACUUUUUGGGAAUUUCCUUCUCUUCGAAGUAUUGUCUUUGAAAAAUCGCCUUAUUUCUGCAACAUGGUUUCCCUUGCAACAUGUGCUGUACCCCCUGUACCCCUCCAACUGCUCUACAUAGUGCAGCCCUUAGUCCCUAGCCUUGUAUUCCUACCGCUACUACUUGCUAACAAUAAAUCGACAAUGUCAACUUUGAUAAAAAAUACACAUGAAAAAAAACACCAUAUCAAUUAUCAUUGAAAACUAUCCUAUCCCUCUAGAAACUACUGAAUUUUCUGAAACAUGACGUCAUUGCAGAGAGAGGUAUACAAAACAGGAGAUUGAGGAUCUCAACCAACCUGGGAAAACAAAACAGGAGAUUGAGGAUCUCAACCAACCUGGGAAAACAAGUGAUUCUACUAUCGGUCAACAUCUUUUAGAUAACCCAGAUUGUAAAAAGCACUACUGAAUUUCAAAAACUAUAUAAAGUAGUUUAGCAAAUUCCAUCUCUAGAAUUCAUAUUUGUAAACUUUUUCUUGCCGGUGUAAUAUGCGUUUUGGUACCCUAUGCAAAAGUGUAACAUUGUAAAACGCAAUGUGUUUCAAAUCAUAUUGUGAAAGAGUUUUGCCAUCAAUUUUAUGUUGACAGCCUGCACGGAACCCCUUCACACUGUGGCCCCAUUUCAGUUAUGUUUUGUCUGCCUUUAUAGGGUUAUGUACUAAGGGCGAUGUUCUCUAGGGGGUGCCUAAAAAUACCAGUGCUCUCCUAGCCAAUCUGAAGACAGUAGUCACUGAUACAAUAAAUAAAAAGUAUAUAAGUUAAUCAAGAUCCUUUCAGGUCUAUCAAGAUUCUAAAGCUUCUACAAACCAGUUUUCAUUAAACGGUAUUUUUGACGAUAUUAUGUAAUUUUUUUCUUGUGUUAUUUCUUUUGGAAAUUCAAGUCUAUAAAAGAUACAUAAGUACUUUCUCGUUUGUUUCUCCUCUUUUCUUGGCAGUCGCAAGGCCAGUAGAUGUAACAUAAGUUCACAAUGCUUUUAAUGAUUUUUUAAUGAUACCUUGGUUGCCAUGUCUUUACCAUAGAAUAUGGGAAUUAGCUCGAAGAAAUCGGUUAGUGUCUAAGUUUUAUAACAAGUAACAGCUGGGCUUAGCAACUAGUUCGAGAAACCUAGUCCGGAAUAACUUUGAGCCAACACAAAUUGACGGAGUUUUGUUUUUUCCAUUGCCUAAACUUGGCACACAAGGUCUAUUUGUUAACGAAAACUUUCUCAGAAACAUUACAAAAAGAGAGAAAUUAGCUGUUGAAGGAAAAGAAACUGCUGGAAAGAACUUUUUGAGGAUCUGAGAAGUAAAGUAUGGGCAGAUUUGUUCUUAAAAAGUAUCAUCAAGAAAACUUCAGAGUUUGAUCGUUUGGAUAAUCCAUUCCUACUAAGAAAGAGAAAAUAUCGACACAAUUAUAAAUUCUAUUUAAACUCAUUUUGUCUAGCCCAGUUUGAAGGUUUUUCAA